CACAGGCGGCCAGCGUCUGCAGCGGCAGCCUCCGGCUCUCACGGGUUGGACCGGUCAUGGUGCUACGGGCUGCGGUGCUGCUGCUCGGACUCGGGGUGUCGUUUCGGGCAGAGUUCGCGCCACCCACACUGAAUAUCAGCUUGGAUGAAGAUCCAGAAGUGCGAUGGCUGCCUCUGAUCAAAGUCUUUGACGUAGACUACCUGAAUAAAGCCGCCGCAGAAGUCAUUGACACCACAGUUCCAAAAUGGGUGCAUCACGCCGUUGCACCUAUUGUGAUGGCAUUGGAAAAGUACAUUCCUCAGCCUUACGCGGGGGAGAUCCGUGGCAUGGCGUCACAUUUGGGAGGAAACCUUUCAGAUGUUAUAAUUCUCAACUUUGCUUAUGAAAUAUCUGCAUUUUGCACUAGCAUCGUAGCUCAGGAUAUAAAUGGACACGUGUACCACGGCAGGAACCUCGACUAUCCACAUCCUAUUCUGAGGAAUCUGACUGUCAAUGUUGUUUUCUUCAAGAAUGGAAAGGUGGCGUACCGUGGAACUUCAUUUGCUGGCUACGUUGGCCUAUGGACGGGACAGAGUCCUAACAAGUUUACUGUCUCUGGCGACCAGCGAGGCAAUGAACAUUGGUGGAACUGGUGGAAGAACGUGGUGUCUGCUUUCCUCUUUCGGAGAUCCCCAGUAAGCUGGCUGGUUAGGGAGACACUGGAGGAAGCGGAGGACUUUCAGGAUGCAGUGAUGCGUCUUUCCAAAACCCCCAUCAUCACCGGAGUGUAUUACAUUGUGGGUGGGGUGCGUGCAGGGGAAGGGGCCGUCAUCACCAGAGACCGGACAGGCCCCGCUGAUAUCUGGUCACUGGAUCCUGUGAAUGGAGGAUGGUACAGAGUGGAGACAAACUUUGACCACUGGCUUCCUCCCCCUGCCAUGGAUCAUCGGAGAGAAAUAGCCAACAAAGCCCUAAAUGCUACUGGUCAAGAUCACAUCGACAUGGAUACACUUUAUCAGGUUUUGUCGCUGUUUCCAGUCUGCAAUGGAAUUACUGUUUACACAACAGUAAUGAGUGCUGCAGCCCCCGAGAAGUACAAUACACUUGUCAGGCCACAGGGCUGCCAACUGGACUGAGCAGGCAAAAAUGCACAGAUUUUUGCUGCAGUAUCUGAACUUAACAACAUGAUUAUACAUGGUGAUAUGCAGAUUCAUGAUCAUGUGGAAAUUAUAUAAUGAACCAAAUUAGAAGGGCAUUGGUCUCAAGCGUUUCAGAGUGACAGUGCUUUUGUGUCUGGAAUAAAAGAAAAUAUUGUUGUGAUCAUUUUUGUCACCUUAUGUACCUGCAAUUUAUAUGUCAAGCUUAAUAAAAUUUGGUUACUUUAA